AUGCGACCUAAUCGUAUCGGCGAGGCUGCACCAAUUGGUACCGAAUCGGACAGUGCCUUACUGCUGGAACUUCAACGACGCUAUGAGCUGCUCCUCGAGCUCUAUGGCGAGAAAUUGGAAGAGAGUAAUGAGUUGAAAAUGGACCUGGCGGAGGCGAAGGAGGCUUACAAACUACAAGUUAGUUUCGAUAUCUAAUAAAACCUAUUUGUACAUGUCAAACUGGAAGGGAACCAUUUGCCUGUCGAUCAACCAGUUUAGGCGUAGUUCACUAGUAAAAGCCACCGACAGUUUUUGGCAUUCGUAUAGUUAAACAUGUCGGUAUGCAUUUAUAGAGUUGAAAUGUACUACUGAAGUUCAAUGGUUGCACGUAUUCGGUGGAGCCUAGCAAGCCGGACUGCUAUAUAUGCGUGCACUUACCGUCUGUCCAGUUUAGCCAUUAAAGAACACUUGGCCUUCAAGAGCGACAGACAGAUUCGAGCGACGGUCGCGAUGCCGCAUUGAAAAGGCUUACACUGCAGCUCAGCUCAUAUUUUGCAGUUUUACGAAAAUUAUUCCUCACUAAUAAACAAUCUGACAUGCUUGAGGCUAACACGGUAUUGCAAAAGCCGUGGCCUGGAAGGUCGCCAACUGACACUUCAACACAGACCUCGCAGUCAGUGAAGUGGUUGACUGGUGGACUGAGAGUCAGACUACGACGACUCCGAGCUGCUUUCGCCUUGUGUAUUCCUGGGGUGUGCGUUUGGGGGGAGGGGGGGGAUGCUCAGGUCGUGCAUGUGGCGCCGGAGGACGGGCUCUCAAUGCGUCCACCUCCGGCGUCAGACAUCGCACCGGCCCGGACAUUGGACUGGUGCCCGGGAGUGGUGAAAGAGAGCGGGGUCUGCGAUCCCAGCGCAGACAGUCAGACGCCAAUUUACGGGAUAACUCCGUCCUCGCAGUGUGUUUGGUUGAAGUGGCGGGCUGGUGGACUGAGAGUCAGUCUGCAAUGACUCCUUAACGUGGCCUUUGGCACUCCCACCUAGUGGAUCCGAGCCGCCCCCCUCCCCUUCUCUCACUGUGGACCAAGGGGUGUGGGGGUACGUCUAAUUGCGGGUUUUCGCCGUGCCAGCUACCUGCGCUCCCUCCCGCCCCCGGUUUUCUUCAUUAUGUCUUGACACCGGGUCGGCGCAUGUCACUGUCUCAGUUAUCACCCUGUUGUGGAGCACGCGGUGAACAUCUUGGGAAGCGGCGGUCGAACUGCCGGGUUGCCUUGAAGCCUGUCAUCAGAACGAACAGACGCUUGGUCUGUUGGACAUUUGGCCGGUGCAGUAGCCGUGGCACUGUUUCAUUUUUUUAGCUGAGUGACAGUGGAAUUCGUCGCCGGCUCCUUUGUACGCAACGGCGUCUUCCCGACUUCGCUGUUCGGAUCCAUUCCAUUCCGCGUCCAUUUCUAACUUAAUCUACUGUCAGCUUGUUCUUGAACGGUUGAAACAAAACGUCAGUGCGUGGGUGAUGCUAGGAAGAAGUGCGUCGGAGUUCCUUGAUGAACCGCUAUUUACGAAUUCUCCUUGAUAUUCCCCACUAAUGACCCAUUUUCUGCGCACAGUGUCAACUGUCUUACGUUUCUGCCGUCAACUCUGGUUUAACAAAUAAUGUGGCAACAAGCUCUCAUUAACCAUUAUCGGAUCACUGCAUCAAGCCCCGCUAUGGGUCACUGGCGUUGCCAGGGGAGCAACACGAGAACCAUGACAGGCAGUUUUGAAAAUUUGCUUCUAGUUGGACCGUCCCUUCUCUCUAAUAAAACAAAAACGACUGUUGCUUACAUGGCACUAUUUCUUUUUUUAUCUAAUAUGCCCAAUUUAGCUAGCCGAUAAUGGGAGUUUUUGACAUCUCUUUUAGAAGAGUAAAUAUUCCCAUUUUAGGCAUUUUCCCUUCCCCCUCUGCAAGAGCGUACAUUUUUAUUGUCGUCAGCAUAGGAAGGAGAAUGGUAGCGAUUUUUCAGUGAACAUUCUGCUCCCUCUCAGGGACUACUGGGCAUCCCUGGCGUAUAUAGGCCUCGCGUAUCGCCCGCACGUUUUUGCUUCUUUGCAGUCACCGUACGUACGUGACCUGAUGUUUUCCCCUUUCAGUUAACCGAACUUUUGGCCACCCAAGAGAAAAACAAGGCAUGA